AUGAGAAUUGCUGUGGAAGGUUGUGCACAUGGUGAAUUAGAUAUUAUUUACGAAACUAUUCAAGAAAUGGAAAAAGCUAACGGAAAAAAAAUAGAUUUACUUAUUUGUUGUGGAGAUUUUCAGUCAACAAGAAAUUUAAGUGAUUUAAACUGCAUGGCUGUACCUGAUAAAUAUAAGGAUAUGUGUACAUUUUAUAAGUAUUAUUCUGGAGAAAAAAUUGCUCCUGUGUUAACAAUAUUUAUUGGGGGAAAUCAUGAAGCUUCUAAUUAUCUUCAAGAGCUACCAUAUGGUGGAUGGGUAGCUCCUAAUAUUUAUUAUUUAGGAUAUGCUAAUGUAAUAACAGUAGGUGGUAUCAGAAUUGCAGGAUUAUCAGGCAUUUAUAAAAGUCAGCAUUGUAUGCAGGGACACUAUGAAAAACCACCAUAUACCGAAAAUACAAUUAGAAGUGUGUACCAUAUUAGAAAUUUAGAAAUAUUUAGAUUAAAGCAGCUUACUGGUAAUAUUGAUAUUUUCUUAUCACAUGAUUGGCCAUCAGGCAUAACUAAAUAUGGAGACGAAAAUGUUUUAUUGAAAGGAAAACCUUUUUUCAAAAAUGAUAUUGAAAAUAAUAUGCUUGGUAGUCCACCAAGCAUGGAACUUUUGGAACAUCAUUAUCCAAGCUAUUGGUUUUCUGCACAUUUACAUUGUAAAUUUGCAGCUCUUGUUCCUGAAAAGGGAGGGACAAGAGUAACUAAAUUUUUAGCCCUAGAUAAAUGUCUUCCAAAAAGAAAAUUUCUACAAGUACUUGAAUUAAAACACAAUUCAGAUUUACCAUUGAAAUUACAUUAUGACUUAGAAUGGUUAACAAUAUUAUAUUUAACAAAUCAUUUAUUAAGUGUCAAAGGUGGAAUUCAUUAUAUGCCUGGACAAUAUGGUAAUACUAGAUGGAUAUUUACACCAACUGUAGAAGAAAAAGCAAUAAUUUUUAAAAAAUUUAAUUGUGAUUUGCAAAUUCCACUAAAUUUUACACAAACUGUAAAACCAUAUAAUCCAGGAGCUACAGAUAUUUCAGUAGAACCACCACAAUUGUUAAUAAAUGAUCAAACAACACAAUUUUGUAAUACUUUAGGUAUUGAUGAUCCAUCUAUUUUAUUGUUAUUGAUAAGUAAUACCAAAGAAUUGAAAUCAAGUGAAUCAUUGAUGGAAACAUGUGAACAAAUAUCAAGCUCUCACGAAAUUUCUGUUUCAUUUGAUGAAAGUAAUGUUUUGAAUUCUACAUUUAAUGGAAGCUUAAAUAGUGAUUCUUUUAAUCAAACAUCACCAUUGAAUUUAUCUCCAGAAAGUAAUAAUGAAGAACAAGAAUCAGAUAUAAGUAGCAGUAAAGAUGUUGUAAUAAUCAUUUCAUACAAAUUGAACCAAAUUGUAAAAAAUUUAAACGAAGAAAUUAUUCUAUAUAUUCAAAUACACUUUAACUGUUGCAAAAUACCAUUUAUAUAUAUUUGCAUACAUCUAUAUGUCAUAGGUGUAAUGGACAAAUUAACAAUUAUUUCGGGAACAUUGUUUCUUGCUGCCGAUGUAUUUGCAAUUGUCAGUCUUGCAAUGCCUGAUUGGAUUAUUACUGAUGUUGGUGGGGAUACAAGGCUAGGAUUAAUGUGGUCAUGUAUGACAUUGUACAAUAGACCUCAAAUAUGUUACAGUCCAGAUUUACAACUAGAAUGGUUUAUGGCUCUUGUUUGUAUUUUUGUUGGUUGCAUUUUAAUAACAGCCACUAUAAUAUUAUUAGCUAGUUCUCAUUGGGAUCGUAAUGUUAUUCCAUAUGCAAGAUGGGUGGGGUUUAUAGCUAUGGUAUUGUUUUGCUUAGCAGCUGUUAUAUUUCCAAUGGGUUUCCACAUUGAUGAAAUUGGUGGACAACCAUAUCAAUUACCAAAUUCACAUCAAGUUGGUAUUUCUUAUAUACUUUUUGUUUUAGCGUUGUGGAUUACAGUAAUUUCAGAAUUAUUUGCUGGUAAAGUUUGUCUUCCGCAUUUCUAGUAUUUACUUUUUACCUGUAUUCCUGGUAUUUGUUCACUAGCAGUAAUAGUGUUCUA